GAAACUGACAGGAAGGAAGAGCGUCUCUACUCUGACAAUGAGUCCUUUGCCUCUCUCUCCCUCUCUCUCUGUUUCUCAACCUUACAGCGCCUGACUUCUCACCUCCACAAUUAGCAGAGUGGAUGCUUUUGGGCAGGCCGUCUGCGACACCCCUACACUGAAAGGAGGAGGAGGGGGGCAGAUGGUCCUCAGUGUUUGGAGGGGUGUGGCGCAGGAUUGGGGCCGUCAGUGCUAAUUAGAGGAGAUUGGUCAGUGCGGAGCGAGGAGGGGCAGGAGCUUUCUGGAAGAGGUCCCAUCUGAGCCGGGCUCAGAAGAGCUGGAGGUGUGGAGACAUGGGAUGCUGCAGCGUGACACAGAGACACACAGGAACUGAUGAGGUCGGCCCGGACGAGAUCGAGCUGCUGCAGAUCGACAACGGCGGGGUGUGGGGUUUGGGAGAGGUGAAGCCGCAGCUGUCUCUGAAGGACGGCUCAGAGGAAGAGCAACACCGGCACAGCUCGUUCCUACAGCCGCUCUCAGACGAGUCACAGAAUCCAGAACCCAUUCCUGCAAAAGUAGUACAAUGUCGCCAUUCACAGGCUGUGCUCUGGGGUAAGUCAAGGGAGCACCUGCACCAGCGCAUCUAUUUUGAGCCAAUCAGGGCUUGGGAGGGGCAGCCGGCGUAUGCGUACGGAGAAAUCCUGUGGUCUUCCCUGGUGCAUAUCCACAGCCCCUACACACAGGAGAACAAUGAGAGAUACAUGGUACUCUUUUCCUUUCAUCUGCUGAUGCUGGCCCUGGAUGCCUCCAGACAUGAGUUUGUUUAUGAGGGUGUACUGCCACUCUCAGGGUUGUCGGUACGAGCGAUAUUACAGGACGGAAGCACCUCAGACCUCAUGUUUGAGAUCAGCAGCCCCAUGGUGGACUCUAAGAUGGUGGUCUGUGCCAGCCCAGGAGACAUGAGGAAAUGGGUGGACUGCAUCCAGGAGAGGAGGCACAAGGCCGUGACACAGCAGCUUAGCCCCUCCCACAGUGCCCUGUCCUACCUGGUGCCGUGUGACGAGGGCUGGAAGAAGGAGGAGCUGAAACAGCACUUACUGCGGGCUCCCAUCUGGCACUGGGAGGGCACCCCCAUCCAGCACAUGGGCUCCAUCAGCCAUCUGUCACUGGUCCACAUCGUCAACGCUCAGAGACCGGGGUCUCGAGAACGUCUGCUGGUGCUGUUCCCUCAUGACCUUCUCCUCCUAUCUGUGGACUCUCAGUGCAUCUCUGUGACCUAUGAGGGCCGACUGCCGCGAAAGAGCAUCACAGCCGUGGAGAGGGCCGCCUCCCCUCGAAGGCAGGAGUUUGAGCUGACAGGUGACCUCAUGGAGCCUCUGCUAGUGUCAUGCACCUGUCCUGGAGACUACGAGAGCUGGAUUUUCCACUUGCAGCAGCCAGAAAAGCAUUCCAGCCCUGUCUCAAACCAGCCUGCUCCACCGCUUAUGCCCAAGAAAUCACAGAAACGAGCAAACGCAUCACAGAUCGCCAUGUGAGUGACACUCGGGCAAGCAGCCAAUCUGCCCUGCUGGCACACCAAAGACGACUUGCCGCUGCCCUGCUGAGGCGACAGAGGAGAGGAUUCUGGGUAAACCUUUGCAUAGCUGCCCUGCUGAGGCCACAGUAUGAGGAGAGGAUUCUGGGUAAUCCUUUGCAUAGCUGCCCUGCUGAGGCGACAGUUCGAAGAGAGGAUUCUGGGUAAUCCUCUGCAUAGCUGCCCUGCUGAGGCCACAGUUCGAGGAGAGGAUUCUGGGUAAUCCUCUGCAUAGCUACCCUGCUGUUGUGCCAUGCAGACUGUUCCAGGCCCACGAAGAGGAAACAGAAAAUAUUGCUGAAGCCCAGCCCCAAUGAAAUGAACAGAAUGAACCGACUAAAUGUAACUGAACUGAUACAGCCCACGCCAGUUCAGUUCAACCAAACUCCACCCGUCACGAAACACAAGGCAGAAUUAGCCAUGACUACGUGACAGGCAUGUGACAGGUAUGUGACUUACCGUACUGAAGCCCUUGCAAUGUGCAAAUGGAAACGUCACUACUUCCCACAGCAUGGUCACCGUGGUGAUAGUCUGAAAGACUCAGACUCAACAAGCAGAGGUGCAACAAGCAAAUUCAGGACUUUCCCCCUCUGCAGCAAAGCGAGACAAAAGGGAUUAUUUACAAGGAAUGGCCCAUGACUUUAAAAAUGUACAAUACAAGAUGAUAGGGGUGAUCUGUGUGCCUGGACGAGUGGCUGGAAAAGUUCAAAUGUCUCAAACAAGUUCUGCAUCUACUGUUCAGAGCUGUGGCUUUCAAAAUGUAGUUUUGUGUAGUCACACAAAAAUACCUCAGAACAAUUUUGAAAUGCCCCAGGGAGUUUCCUUACUCAAAAAUUCAAAUUAGCAGUGGUUUUUAAGCAUCUGUUCUUGUGAAUCCUCAUGCAAAGCUUUGGUGUAUCUAAAUAAAACUGAAAAUGAAUGACAUAAAACUAAACAUGGUUUUACAUGGUAUAAUACACUUUGUGUGCUUACGAAGCAAUAUCUCCAAUGAAAAAUGAAGUAUCAUUCUGUUAGUGCCCCUGCUGCCUUGAAAUUUUAAGUUGGGUGAACACUUUUACAGUGUUAUAAUGUUAAGAUCAGAGAAUAUGUGACGAUAUAUUAAGUGAUAUGAAAUGAGAAUCUGUAUUGUGUUGUGCAUAAAAGCAGCUCAAUUAGGUUUAAUUAGAUAUGAAGUUUCAUUUUUUACAUUACAUUACGUGGCAUUUAGCAGACGCUCUUAUCCAGAGCGACGUACAACAAAGUGCAAAUCAAUCACAAGAACAAGUGCAAAAGUAGACCUGAGAGGACAGUACAGUUCCGAGUCCUAGUGUAAACAUACAGAAAUUCAGAACCCUUGAAGAGUACAAUCAACAUUCAAACUAGCAUACCACUGUUGGCAGUUAGAAUACAACAACAGCCAAUAAAAACAACAAUACCUAUACAAGUAACGAUAUCUAUACAUAAGUGCCAUUACGGUCUAAGGCUAAUCACAGUGAUUCUGAGUUGGGGAGGGAAAGGUGUAGCCUGAAGAGAUGGGUCUUCAGUCUGCGCUUGAAGGAGGUCAGAGACUCUGCCGUUCUGACAUCCACCGGGAGGUCAUUCCACCACCGUGGGACCAGGACAGACAGCAGUCGUGAGCGUGAAGUGCAGGUGUGGCGAGGGUGAGGCGCCAGACAGCACGAAGUGGCAGAACGGAGGGGUCUUGUUGUCUCAAUGUAAUGUAAUGUAAAUGUAAUGUAAUUUUUAUAAUUA